AUGACUAGACAACUCGUUACGAUCCUUGUCACAGCCAUGGCAGUCAUCGGCACCGUGGCAACUCUCGCAACCACCGCAACGCGCAACUUGAGAAAGCUAAGCGCAGGGCUAUCUGCCGACGACAUUGCCGUAGUCGAGUUCCAUGGUUUCGUACCUGGCAGAGUCACUCAGCUGACGACCGAACCGGGGGUUUUGGAAAGUCUGGGCUCCAAUCAACCAUUCCGUCUCGGCAGCGCCGGUGCCGCCGGUGUCUGCGGCCUAGCUGUCACAGUCCCGGAGCCGCUCAGGAACGGUAAAAAUGCGACCAUCGGCAGCUGGGACGUUAUCCCCAUCAUCCAGAUCGCUGUCGAGGUUUUUGCCGACGCGAAGACGAAGAAGUUACGAAAGAGGAACGCGUCGACCGGGACAUGUGAGAAGGAUAGAGUCAGAAAAGGCAAUGGGACGCUUAUGCAAGCUAUUCGCAAUUCAUUACGAACAGCCCAGCAUAUCCACCUAACACAGAUUCACCGCUUCAUACAGAAUCAUUUGAACGGACAGAAAAAUACAGUCAGAGAUUUACUCCAAGAGCACCUCUCCGCUCUGGACCAGCUCUUCUUCUUCGGCAAUCUGACACGUCACAAGCAUGACGGCGGCAAUCGAAGGCUUUUCCAACGUAAAAAUACCUGCCGAUCGUUUGUAAUGCUUGAUCUAAAGAGCAUCGAUGAAUACAACAGUUACGCUUUUUACGAGGGCUCACAAAGAACUAUAUGUAUAUUUGCUCAAGGACGAAAGGCGGGGCGGGAGGACGACUUACUGUGGCUACUUGUGCACCAAAUGAAAGUCGGGUUGUGCGAACAAGCAGAAGCUAGCAUAAUCACAAAGUCUGGCGUAGGGAGCCAGCUCAGUGAUAGUGUUACCCCUGGGACGCCCUUAGAGACAGCAGCGGGACUCUCGAUGUUACCGCCGAGUGGUGCGGAUGCUCCCAGAAACACAUCAGACCCAAAAUCAUACUGGGCCAGAGUUCGUGUAAAUAUCUUGAAUUACUACAUGGAGAGAGCUGGUUUCUAA